AUGAGCUUCCUCCGUCUUAGUGGGAGACUCUCCCUACCGCGACUUUCAGUCUACACAUCUUUCCCGCUGACUCGUUUCCCUUCCUAUCAACUCCGAAUGUCUUCCAACGCCCCCACGCCGCGUUUCGCCGAGGGCGAAGACCCGCAACAGCUCGGCUCCGACACUCAAGGCCUGCUGCAGCAUGGAUGGAAGCUCGACGCCGAUGGCAUGGGCGUGACCAAGACCUUUCAUUUCAAGAGCUACUUCAAGGCUGUGUCCUUCGUGAACCUGAUCGCGUCUGAAAGUUCGUCCAAGAAGCAUCACCCCACAAUGACUGUCCGGAUCGGUUCCGUUGAUGUCCACUGGACGACACAUCGCCCGCGGGGCCUCACGCACAAGGACAUUGCCCUCGCCCGACACUGCGACAACGGGGCUGGGCUGAUGGGCGUCGUCGAAGCCGAUCAGGGCUUGAAGUGUGGCCCGUCCACCUGA